UGACUUUUGACACCAGAAAGAAACACGGAAGUGGGAAAAAAGUUGCAGAAGCAGGUGCUGAUAUGGCUGCCACAGGGGAAACUGCAGCCAUGGAUGGAGCAUCAGGGUCAAAGGGUCAAGGUCAGGAAAGCCAUGAGGAAGAGCUGACAUCAGCAUCAGGUCUGCCCCCCUCCCAGAGGAAGCUGGUUCUGCUGAUGACUCACCUCAACAUCGCCAUGUACAGCACUUGUUUCUGGAUCCAACAGGGGGCACUGCCGUACCUGACCAAGAAGCUAGGAGUGGAUCCCGUGGUGUACGGUUACCUCCAGACGACCUUCGCGGUGGUGCAGUUGUGCGGCGGGCCGCUCUUCGGACGGUUCGGCGAUCUGUUCGGCACCCGGUCGGCGCUGGUGCUCGCCUUCUCUGCGGCUGCCAUGUCCUAUGGCCUUCUGGGAAUGGCGGAGGGGAUGCUGCUGCUGUUUCUGUCUCGACUCCCUUCGUUCCUCAUGCACUCCAUGCAAGGUGCCCAGAUGAUAGUGACGGACAUCUCAGACGAGGGUAACCGUGCAGACGCUCUGGGGAAGCUGGGUCUCUCCUACGGCAUCGGCAUGAUCGUGGGGCCGUUCUUAGGGGGACAGGUCACCAAGUACUUCAGUGAACAACACUCUGCCUACUUGGCCAUGGCAGGUUCCCUGGUCAGUAUAGUCCUGGUGGUGCUGUUUAUUCCUUCUAACACCAAGGCUGGGAAAAAGGACUCAGAUUCCAAGAAGGAGGAUUCUGGUCCAUCGAGUGUGUUUGAUGUGAAAGCCAUUGCCAAACUCCUUACCAUUCCCGUAGCUGCUUAUCUUCUUCUGGUGCGAACCAUAGUGGGGACCCCCCUGGGGAUUUUCCAGUCCAUGUUCAGCGUGAUAGCCAUGGACCGGUUCAACAUCGGUCCGGAGGAGAAUGGUUACCUCAUGUCAUAUAUCGGCAUGUCUAAUAUGGUAAUGAUGGGUUUAGGAGUUGGGAUCCUAACGAAGCGUUAUAACGAAGGCUUACUGCUGAAGUGGGCCAUCUACAUGUUUACCUUCGGCUACCUGCUCCUGGCCGGAGCUAACGUGACCUGGCACAUCUAUGUGACUGUGAUUCCGCUGACGAUCGGAGGGACGAUCAUGAACACUGUCAUCAGUAGCACCCUCACUAAGGUGGUGCCACCGGACAGUACAGGCACGAUGUUGGGCCUGAGCAUGGCGAGUAACUCCAUCAUCCGAACCAUGUCCCCCACCGUGGGGGGUCUCAUGCUCGGGUACGCGGGUUACCCGUCCUUCGGUGUCCUGGGCUUCGUGGUGAACACCCUGCUGUCUGUUUACAUGGUGUUCUCACAGACACAUGCUAAGGUGGUCGCUGCUGUCGAGAAGCAAAGUGCCAGGAAGGAGAGCUGAUAAUCAUGGACACAAAGGCUAUUCAAUUUGGAAGCUACCAUGCAUGAUGGUAUCUGUAUCAUUCUGUAGUUAUAAAAACUAUCCCUGAAAAUUGUAAGGUAACAUGUAAUGUACAACACUGGCUUGCCAUGCUAAUGAUAGUCAUAUAGCCUGGGUACCAUCGUAGUAGUUCU